AUGCAGUCAAAUACAGGAUUGAAUAACGGAAUAAAACUUCUAAACUAUACGGAAGAUAUGUGGUUAAGGAAAAUAAACGGGUUAUUCAUUCGUGAUCUUAGCUUACCAAUAACCCCGAAUUCAUCGGUCGUAUUUGGAUCAUGUUACAAAUCCUGUGUUAUUAUGAAUGACGAAUAUGUGGAUAAGCAAUUUAUUAAAAAAAGAAGACAGUACGAGCUAAUCAUUAUAAAGAAUUCCUUUCAUUGUUUAAAGGAAGAUUUUAAUCAGGAGUUUUCCAGUACACUAUUGGGUCCACUGAAAAGUGUCAAACUGAAUCCAAUAAAUGGCUACCAGAAGAGAAAUCCUGAGUCUUUAUAA